AUGGGUAUUACUUUCUCGCGGUUGUUUGACCGGCUAUGGGGCCGCAAGGAGAUGCGCAUCCUGAUGGUCGGUCUUGACGCCGCUGGUAAGACCACGAUCCUGUACAAGCUUAAGCUCGGUGAAAUUGUCACCACCAUUCCCACCAUCGGAUUCAACGUCGAGACGGUGGAAUACAAGAACAUCCAAUUCACUGUGUGGGAUGUCGGUGGUCAGGAUAAGAUUCGUCCUCUGUGGCGUCACUACUUCCAGAACACGCAGGGUAUCAUCUUCGUGGUUGAUAGCAACGAUCGGGAUCGUAUUGUCGAGGCCCGUGAGGAGUUGCAGCGCAUGUUGAACGAGGAUGAGCUCCGUGAUGCUCUCCUCCUGGUGUUCGCCAACAAGCAGGAUUUGCCGAACGCCAUGAGCCCCGCCGAGAUCACGCAGCAGCUGGGUCUCCAGAGCCUUACCCGUCGUGCCUGGUUCAUCCAAUCAACCUGCGCCACUACUGGUGACGGUCUGUACGAGGGUCUGGAGUGGCUCGCCGAUGCGCUCCGGAAAACCAACCGGGAUUAA